AGGGCUAAGGUCAAUUCUAGAACUGCUGUCUGCCAUGCCGCACGUGUGCAUUGCGUGAGCGAACUGGUAUUUUAGAUUGACAUUUUUUUUAAAUUUUUACCGCUUAAUACAUGCUUUUAAAAGACUAUUCGAAUGGAAGACUGACAAAACACCGGGACAAAACUGAUAAAAAUUCAACCUCGAAAUAUUGAACAAUUAGCAUAUAUUGUCUUUGGUGACACGAUCUUUGAAUAUUUACUAUGUCAUCGAGCUGGAACAAGUGAGCCGAGCAGUUGCAACUGAGAAAGCAAAACAGCAGUCAGUGGAGGUUGUUCUCGUUUCACAGACAAUUCAGAGAAUUGUUUACUACAAUGAGCAAACGGCAGACCAAACAAGAAACGCACAAAGAGGCUAAUUGUGAACUUGACAGGGGAAUUUGCGAAGCUAAUGGGGUUCUGGUUAACGAAAAUGAUUGCAAGAAUAAUAACCUCAAGAAGACAACAACGACACGCAAGUCAUGGAAAGAGAAAGAUGCCAUCGAGCUCGUGAACUUUGAUCAAGUUCCUUCGUUUUUCCGUGAACCGUUUAUCAUUUCAAGCUACCGCAAAUGCGACUCCUCGACCUGGUAUUGUUUUAGGAGUCUGUUUCAAGCUACCAACGAGACCAUCAACAUUUGGAGUCAUAUCUUGGCGUUUGUCGUGUUUGUGUUUCGUUUCAUAUCAGUGUUCUCGAAACACAACCCUUGGCAAGACUCACACGUGUAUCCGCUGUUCUGCUUCGCGUUCGGGAUUUGCAUUAUGUUGGUCAUGAGUGUGGGCGCACAUCUAUUCAACUGUAUGUCAGUAAAAGCACGUCACAUUUGCUUUUUCUUCGACUAUGCUGCCAUAAGCGUGUACACCUUUACGGCAGGUCAAGUGUUUUAUUUCUAUUCCAGACCUGUGAACAAUGACAUCUUCAUUUUCAACGCCCCUUCUCUGUUCCUGGGAAUUUCAGCCGCCAUUUCUUUCGCGUCGACUUUUGCGUGUUGUUACUCGUUUUCGAAAAAAAACCGCUUUGAUGCAGUGGUAAAGGCAGGGACUUACACCAGUUCUUGGCUGUUCAACACGUCACCUUACCUGACAAUGCUGUUGUUAUGUGACCAGGCAUCAACGUGCAGCAGUCAUGCGUCCGUGCAUUAUUUCGCACGCCACUGCCUGUUCUACGCCGGGGGCACGCUCGCGUACGUCUGCCGCAUCCCAGAGCGCCUCAUGAUUGGCGUGUUCGACAUCUUAGGUCAUAGCCACCAUUUUCUUCACAUUCUGUGCGCCAUCGGAGCAGCAGAUGAGUUCUCGGCCGUUGAGCUGGACAUGAUACAGAGAAGAGCAGUCAUGGAGCCUCUCCCAUGCGCGACGUUCGCAAACAGCAUUUUGCUAACGGCACUGGUUGUUUUGGGGAAUAUUGCGGUGGUAUUGUGGUGUGCAAAGCGGUUGAAUCUGCGAGAAAAGUAACUAUGUCUCGAACUCUGGGUCGUAGCUAAUUUUGAUGAGGAGUUCGAGUGGUGCUGCCAAGUGAACCGGGACGUUAUUUACAGAAGCAGUCCCCCAUCGUUAAAAUGUUAAGGCGGAGGUUAACAUAAAGGCCGUAUUUUUGCUGGGUAUUAUGGUUCGAAUGCAAAUAUCUCGUUCACGUUUCAAGCAGUGAAAAAUCUCUCUGCUCAU